GCUGGGUUCCGUCUCUGAGGUCUGAACCCAGCCAGGAGAAUUCCUGCAUCUGUUCCUUCCACUUCUUGCAGCCCAGCUGCCCCCUCCCCUCCAGAUACCAGGUGCCAGCACACAGCUGUCUCUUCCUUGCUCCCCCCACCCUGGCAAGUUGUUCUGGGUUGGGCUGAGCUGGGUGGGGCAGCCCUGUGUACUGAGUGUCCUGGGAGGCUGUGUCCCCACAAGCUAAUUCAGCCAGAGCACUGGUCCUGACUGGUGAGGAGGGAGCAGGAGAGGCAAGCCCAGAUUCCGGAUUGCCUUCGAAGUCACUGACCCGGCCAUGCCCGCCCCGCUGCUCCCGCUCCUGCUUCGAAUGCUGCUGUCCCGCCUGCUGCUGCCCGCCGCCCGCCUGGCCCGCCAGCACCUCCUGCCCCUGCUGCGUCGAUUGGCCCGCCGCCUGGGCUCCCAGGACUUGCGUGAGGCUUUGCUGAGCUGCCUGUUGUUCAUCCUCAGCCAGAGACACCAGCCAGACACCGGAGAGGCCUCCAGAGUGGCCCGCCCUGAGAGGAGGGAGAGGUUAGCCCCGCAAAAAUGAGGCCACGAGUCCUGCUAGCAGCAGGGACGAACUGCUUUCUUGUGGAGUACGGCGGUCCUGGCACCAUCACUGACCGAGGCCUGCCCAGUGGGCAUUAGCCGUGGUUCGGGACUGAGCACAAGAGGGCUCUGAACAAGCCUGCCUCCCGGCCCCAGCAGCAAUGACUGGCACCAGGCCCCGCAUCUAGCAGAAAACUGGUCUUCACCUCCUCCCUGCACCCCUCAGGGCCUCUCCUCAUCACCGGGGCCUCCGCAGGGCAAGGAACCGCUCUCCCCACCUCCUUACCCCAGACAAGCACGGGCAUGGCGUCCGGGGAGGGACACCGUUUAACCAGGGACAACUGACCAUUUAGUGGAGAGGCAAGAUUUUAACCCAGACUGUCUUCCUGGCUGAGGAUUUACCUUAAGAGCAUGAAACCUUGAUUCCCCUGGAGACUCAGUCCCGCCCCCAAAGCCCAGCAUGCAGCAGGUGCUCAGUAAAUAGUUUUGAAUUCCUGGGGUGCCUUUGACAUCCUUAUCAGCCACACUCCGGCCUGUGCCUGUG